CCGGGUCGUAAGUUCAAAUGAAAUUGGACCUCGACUAAACAUUCGACAGACUUUGCUGACAUAUCCAUAUUCUGAACAUCUGCACAAACCACACCAUUACUUUAGGCCAGCAUAGCUGCAGACCAAAAACACCAACUUGCAAAUUCUAAUUUUGACAUUUUUUAAUACUUGCAUAUCUGCAUACAUAUUUCUGAUACCAAUUCCUUGUGCAGUAUUUAAAGUGAAAAUACAUAUUCAAUUUGCAAGUCGCUAUCUGCUGGAGAAAGCCAGCACUUCAGGAGCAUUUUGUAUCUAGAUGACUCCAUCCACCAUUUUGAACGAACAGCAACGCAUCAGUAGCACCAACAGCUGCAGCGCAGCUAAACCAGAAACAACGCAGCUAAAAUUCAACGAAUACCCGAAGCCAAUAGCAAACGAAGCAGGCAAAGAGGAAGUAGAAGUAGCUAGAGAAGAUCGACUGGCAUACGGCGCACAGUAAUUGGAAAGACGAAGAAAAUUGAGAGGGGAAGGUGAAGCAGUAGAAUACGGAAAAAGCAAAAUAAACAUAAAGGCAGCUAACAACGCAGACAGACGAUACAGCUAGACCAGACGGAAACUGGUGUUGCAGCCAACAAGUCGGAGCGAGCCGAAGUGGAUAGGAAAACAGCCACAGUUUCCUGUAAAGACGGCGAGCAAUUGGGUAAGCAACAGUGUAAAGACUUGUGCGAUAAGGAACGAUUCGUGCAGUUGUGUUUUCGUUUGGGUUUUGUACGGGCUUGUUUUGGGACUAUUUUGCUGCCAACAACAACGGCAAAUAAAGAACAAGGUGUUACUAAAAUACAGCAACCCUAACAAGAAAAGUUCCGGCAGUGCAAAAAGUUGAUCCAAAAAUAUUUCCGUUCUAAAUAAAUUACCUGCAACUAUUCCUUAAAGUUCUCGAAGAUUCUGUGUAGUGUGUGUCCCAACACAGUCGUGUGUAUACUUACGUUAUUGUUUGUACGUUAACCGCCAAGCCGGUAGUACACAUUAGAAACCUAACAUUUCAUAACGUAUUCCAAAUUCUAUUCAAUUCAACUGCAAUAGUAAAAUACUACAGUUCAUUCGCCCGCAUAACAUAACCACUUUACAAAUACAAUAUACAUACCUACCUAAAAACUCGUCAAUUGAUAAACGCGAAAACCUAUAACCACAUUUGAUAAAUUAUAAAAAGAAACACAUCGAAAACCGCAAACGAGCUAAUCGGGAGGAGCGAAAAAAUGGUUGAACGCAUAUUGGAGGAAGAGGAGAACGGCAGCAGCAGCAAUACCCCAGCUGCUACUGUCGCCGGAGCUGCUACUAAUGCAAUAACUAGCACCAACAAUAACGCCAACAUUAAUGGCUCAGCUGUUAGUGGCAGCGACAGUGGCGUGGGCGGUGGCGGCACUUUCUCCACGGACACCGAUAAUAGUAGCAGUCAAUCAGGCGGCCAUAAUGAAAUUACACGCUACAGCAGCGAAGAUGUUUCGGGCAAUGAGUCCAGCGAGGCGCCCAAAAUGACGGAAAUUGAACGUCAGGCGGAACUCAAUCGUCAUAAGGAGGAAAUGCAAAAGAAGCGACGCAAGAAGAAACGCACCAGUUCUUCUUUGCACUCGUCAACAUUUCAAGAAUUGUAUAAGCUGACGGGCGAGAUCCUUGGCGAAGGCGCCUACGCCUCCGUGCAGACAUGCGUAAACAUCUACACCGAUUUGGAGUAUGCUGUAAAGGUGAUCGAUAAAAUACCGGGACAUGCGCGUGCGCGUGUUUUUCGCGAAGUGGAGACAUUCCAUCACUGUCAGGGACAUCCGGGCAUUUUACAAUUAAUUGAAUUCUUCGAAGAUGAUGAAAAAUUUUAUUUGGUUUUUGAAAAGAUUAAUGGCGGCCCCCUUUUAAGGCGCAUCCAAGAACAAAUUUGUUUCUCAGAACAUGAGGCAGCGCAGAUUAUCAAAGAAAUCGCAUCUGGCUUGGAUUUUCUGCACAAGAAAGGCAUUGCUCAUCGUGAUCUGAAGCCGGAAAAUAUUUUAUGUGUAAAUCCGGAAAAAUUGUGCCCGAUUAAAAUUUGCGAUUUCGAUUUGGGAUCGGGCAUCAAAUUCACCACAGACGUGUCAUCGCCGUCGGCAACGCCACAACUGCUAACACCAGUCGGUAGCGCAGAAUUUAUGGCGCCCGAAGUUGUUGAUCUAUUCGUUGGCGAGGCAAAUUACUAUGACAAACGUUGUGAUCUGUGGUCGCUUGGUGUGAUUGCAUAUAUACUAUUGUGUGGCUAUCCACCAUUUUCGGGCAACUGUGAACAGGAUUGCGGCUGGAAUCGUGGCGAGAACUGUCGCACCUGUCAAGAGUUGCUCUUCGAGUCCAUACAAGAAGGACGUUUUUGCUUUCCCGAUGCUGAAUGGACGGACGUGAGCGAAGAGGCCAAAGACUUAAUUCGUGGCCUGCUCGUCAAGGAAGCGCCAAAGCGUUUAAGUGCUGCAGCCGUUUUACAUCAUCCAUGGAUCAAAUUUUCCGAGGAAGAGAAUCCGGCCGAUAGUAAGAAAAUGGAAAAUCGGCGUAAAGCGCUGCGCACUCCUGGCAAUAUUAGGCGCAAUCAAUCUGCGCGCGAAAUAUCGCAAUUCGCCGAAUCGGCAAUGGCUGUGAAACGCGUGAUCUUGCAACACUUCUCCAUGCGCUACGACUACAUGAAGGAGCGUCCGAACAUCUAUCAGCCGUCGCAAAUACAGCUCGAGACUCACAAUGGCGGAGCGGAUAACAACAGUCCGCCAGUAUUUAUUAAACCACCACCGCCACGUAGUCGCUCAAUGAAUAAUACGCUUAGCGUUAGCAAUAAUCGAUCCGUCUAUGGCGGUCGCAACAGUAAUUUGUAUGCCACACGACAAUCAAGUCGCUUUGGCAGCAUCAAUGGCAGCGGUGGUGGUAAAUCGUCGAGCAUCUUUCAAUCGGGCGCGUCAUCGUUCAAGACUCUGAACGUGCAUGAGGAGGACGAUGACGACGAGGAGGCGCUAGAGGCAUUCGGACGGCUCGACGAAGAUGAAGAGUGGGCGCAUGUGGGCGAGCGUCAUGUCGGAGAAUUUAACGCUCACGACGAUGAGGAGGAGAUGGGCAGACGUAGACAUUUUCUAGAAGAUGCAGAAGAUGGGAGUGACGUUGAGAGCUGUCACUAUCAUUGGCGCGAUUUGGAUAAUGUAAAUGAGGAGUUUGAAGGCGAGGAUAUGGAAACUAGAAGCAGUGAUAAUUAUACGCCACAUGACUUUGACGAUUACAACAGGCGCCCAAGAUACUAUGUAGAUGGCGAUCAAGAUGAAGAGUUGUAUAUGGGCGGAGAUAUGGAGCAGGAACAUAAUCGUUAUCGUCAUGGCGAUUAUGGUGAUAAUGCUAUUACUAGUGAUGCGGAGGAUAGUUCCUGUGUUGGGGGUGAUGACAAACGCAGUAAGACAACAUUACUACAGGGUGCCAUGCAAACCAAGGAGGGGGAGAGAUCAGCAGGAGCUGAAAGUGCUCUUGAAUUAAAUUAUAAUAGAUUACAUAAUGAGCGUAAGGAUGCAGACGCUGAUGAUGACGACGAAGAGUGGAAGGGGAGGAGAGUUAAGGAGGAGCGAAUGUUUGAGAAUAAUGCUUAUGUUAAUGUUGAUCAUGAUAAGGUUAAGGUUAAUGCUAAUGAUGAUGAGGAUGAUGAUGAUGAGAAUAAUUUGUUUGAAAGACCCGAUGUUGAUGAAAGCGUUUUCAAAUACAAGCAAGAAAACAUCGAAAAGCUAAAGCAACAACAGCAAAACGAAUUUGCUAACGAAACGAAAUUGAAUUUCAAUGCAAAUUCAAAUGGAAAAGCAAAAUUCAAAACUUAUUAUAACAUCCAAGAUAAUAAUAUUGAAUCAAAGAAUGUUGAUAAUGAUAAUAACUGUAAUGUUAAUCGUAGCAGCAGCGGCGCAGGCAGCAACAAAGCUAAAGAUUUGUUGCUGGCCGCUGAACAAUGCCAACUUCCAAUCAGUGAUAUUAAUAAUAUAACAAUCGCCAAUUCAAAUAGAGAAACAAAAACAACAACCGAUGCUGGAGCAGAACAUACAACAAAAACAACUCUCACCACCAACGACAACAGCAGAUAUGCUUCGAAGGCAGAAACAGAGGCAAAUAAAGCAAAUAUAUAUAAUCAAAUCGAUGGAGGAGGAGAUAAUAUUAAAACAACAACAACAAAUGAAAAUGCUAAUUUAUUGGCUAGUAUUAGUGAUUUGAAAGAAACGCUACCUGAAUUUAAUGAGACUGCAAAUAUUGUUGUCGCCACGUCAGUGAACGGAGCCGCAUUUGAGACUGCAGCAGUCAAUGACAAUGAUAAGAGAAUUGCUGGUAAGCGCGAACAACCGUCAGCGACUCAAAGCGACGAUGUAAACGAGAACAUUUUCGACUCAAGGGCUCCGGUAAGCGCCAGAGGUAAACAUCAGACGUUGCAGGACAAAGAAGCAGCGGUUGACGCAAAUGCAGUAGUGCCAGCGGCUUCCACCACCAGCGCGGCGACAACAAUGCGAACGACUUUUGGCAAUCAGCAGCAGCAUACACAAAAACAACAACAAGUACAGCAACAGAAGCAGCCGCAGAAGCAAAAUCAAAAACAACAGCAGCAGCAGCAGCAGCCGCAAAAACAAAAUAAAAAGCAGCAGCAACAAUUACAGCAAACUCAAAAGCAACAAACUUUAUUGAAAACUAAACGUUCGCCAUGCGCUAAUAAAGCCCAGCGUAAUGUGUGCUUUGCGCUUGGUAGUGCCGGCGCUCGCGGCGUCGGUGGCGGCGGUGUUGACGAUGAUUACGAUGCAUAUCAGAAUAAUAAUUACGAUGCUGAACUUGAGGAUGAUGCCGAUGAGGAUGAUGAUGCUGCUGUUUACGGUAGACCGCGCUCGCACAGCACCAACAACGCCAAUGCGGCCGGCUAUACGCGUCGCCAGCAACAACAACAAUACAACAAUAAACAUAGACGCUACUCACAACCAGCAGCCGGCAACAAUGCCAACAACAGCAAGCAGCAACAGACUUCAGGUCAAACGGCUGAAAAUUGGCGCAGCCGUGGCGGCAUUUUAAUAAACGGCGCCAGCAGCGGCGAUGGUGUUGCUGCCAACAAUUACCGCACCAAGUAUCGUUCGCCAGGCGUACAUUCGCCCGGUUGGAAUGCAGCAGGUCAACAACGCAGCAGCGGUAAUGGCGGCUACUACUACAACGCUCGCUCCACUAGCGGCAACAGCUAUAACAACAGCCACGUUAGUGUAAGCGGCGCUUCGCCACCAUCCGACGAUAGCGGUAGCGGUUCUUCUGGUGCCAUACACAACUGGCGCAACGAUUGCAUCUAUACAGGUGCACGCAAUUGCGGCAUGCAACAGCACCGUAGCUAUCAACAUCCAACACAGCCACGCUACUCGCCCACCCAAGAGGGCGGUGUAGGCGGCGGCGGCGGCAGCGGCUAUGGCGCCAUAAUGCGCGCCCAAGUCUUGCGAAGUAAUCAACACCAGCCGCGCAUAGGCUCAGGUCGUUUCACGCAUUCCCCAACGGGCGGCAUGUAUUUACAACAGCAGUCGCGCGGCGGCGGUGACAGCGUCGGAAAUGGUUUUGUUUUGGGCGGCAGCAGUGGAUCACCACCAUCACCUGGUACACUAGGCAUUGGACUCUCACCGCCGAGCGAGAGUUUGUUAAUGCAGCGACGUAUGCGCUUAGCAGCAGGCGCUGGACAACAUCUAGGCAGCGAAUACUGUCAAUCGGCAACGGCUAGUGGUUAAUAAGCGAAAAGUUUACUACUACGAAAACUUACAUACAUACAUACAUAAAUACGUAUACAUAUAUUCAAAAACAAAACAAACAAUAACAUUCAUGCAAUUUUGAACACAAGACACACGUUUUUUUCGUACGUUUUGUUGUUCCACAUUUUCCUCUAAGAGUACCAACUCGAUUUCAAUAAUAAUUGCAAAAUUAAACAAAAAAACCUAAUAAUCCAACAUGUAAUUGUGUGCGUGAGUUAAGGUGAAAGGGGGAGA